CUCUACUCUCGCAAGUCGCAGCAGCUCCACAGCAACCUUCGUCUUCUAAGUUUCAAUGGCGAAGGGUGACGAUGUGGCGAUGCGGAAGAGGAACAAAGCUGCCCGGAAGAAGCUCAGAAGCAAGGACGGUGCCUCUUCUUCGUCGGUUUCUGCGCGCGUUGCUGCCAUAAUCGCCGCCAAGAAGCGCCGCAAGUCCGGCAAACGCAGACAAUGCCAGGGAAUGUGCUUUAGCCUUCCUACUCCUGACGAUCCAUACAACGACAGGAAUGGCAAGAAAGAUUUGAAUAAGAGGGAAACUAAGACCACGCCUUCAAAAGGUUCCAAGAGAGCAUUUUCAAAGGAUAAGAGUACUUCAUCACCUAAUGGAACCGUUCGAGAGGUUGGCCGUGAGAAAAGUAAGCCUUCAAAAGAAGGGUCUGGAGAUACCCUCAGUAAUGGCCACAUAGCUAAAAGAAGCAAGACAGAUCCUGAAAGAACAAAAGUUCAUGCAAAUGUGAAAGGUGGGGUACAGAGCUUUCAGAAUCAAAGAGAAGAUUCUGAAAGUUGUAUUUCACCCUCAAAGUUUCUUAUACUCUGCUUAAAUGCAAUAGAGAAUGCACUACAUCAUGAUUCCAUCAACAGAAAUGGAAAGCCUCUGUUUGCUGAUACUUGGGGAAUUGAAUUCUGGAAAUGUUAUUCUUCUGGGAAGGAUAUUCUGGACACCAGUGGGUUGUCUUCUACAGAUGAGCAAAUUGCAUGGGUGGUUUCUUCGGCUGCUGACAGUAUUGCUAGGAAAGAGAAAGAAGGCUUAUCUUUUAGUAGCCCUUAUCUUUUAUAUCUUGUUCCGACCCAAGAGAAAGCUACUCAAGUUCGCUCCAUGUGCAAGCCAUUGAAGGCUCUUGGAGUACAUACCGUGAGCAUACAUCCUGGGGCAUCCCUAGAUCACCAAAUUCAAGGUUUGAAGAGCUGUGAACCUGAAUUUCUCGUGUCCACACCUGAGAGACUCUUGGAGCUCGUUGCAGUGAAGGCUAUUGAUAUUUCUGGUGUAUCGUUGCUGGUUGUUGAUGGACUGGAAUCUCUUUCAAGAGGUGGUUAUCUUAAUAAGACACAAUCCAUCAGGAAGUCUAUAUCGAGCAAUCUGCAUACAAUUGUUUUCAGUGAUAGCUUCAGCUGUGCCUAUGUUCCAGUUCUGCAAGACCUCCUCUGGGGCCCGAUUCGUCGACUGUCUCUUGAUGCUUCUGUUGCCAGUCAAAGUGCCUGCACUAUCCAGUCGAUAAACUUCUAUACUUCUGAAGAGGAAAAACGAUCGAAGGUCAUCAAAGCUCUGGAUCAAGCCAAUGGCAGUCAGCACCGUCCACAGCUACUGAAGGUGCUCUUUAUUCUUGGGAAAGAGUGUAAUGUUCACGAAUUAGCCACUGCUCUGAAAUCCAAGGGCCAUGAUAUCUUAGCUGGAGCAUUAUUUGGUGUCUCAGAAUUUAAGAACAAUUUGGAGGUAGACAGCAGGUUGAGGCCCGUAGUUGCCAAGAUUGACAUAGAGCAAAUUAAUACCAUAGAUCUCGGAAAUUAUGAGACCAUAUUCAUACUCGAUGCUUUUCCACCAAUAGACAAGUACGUUCAGAUUCUAACAGGAAUGGCCCGGCACUCUGUUAAUGGUGUGUUGCACAGCUUCAUUACCAAGGAAGAAGCAUCGGUUGCUGGUUCAUUAGUUGAAAUCCUUGAACAAUGUGGGCAGGCUGUCCCUGAAACUGUAAGAUACUUAUGCCUCACACAAGGCACAUCUGAAUCCUGAACAUUAAUUACCUCUUGUCCUCCUGAUUGUCAUCAUCAUGUCUGUAUAAAAAAAUUUUGACCAUUGAAUAUUUUCUAAUGGUUAGUUUCUACUUUUUCAUCAGAUAAUUCUACACCUUAUCUAUUUCUUAGCUACGAAUAUUCUUCAUUCAGUCUAAUGACGAAUAGGAAGCUUGUGAACACAAAGCUAUUGAAAGAAUAGUAACUUCUUUUCAAUUCAA